CAUCGUCGCUCUUUUAUUACUGUAUUAUUUUUUCGUCUUUAAUGAUGGUGACGCCGAUUGCGAUGCUCACGAGCAUCGAGCGGGCAGCUUUCAAUGCCUGAUAUUCGAGUGACUCUUUUUGCGCCUCGCCUUGAAGCUUCAUUGUCCGAUAUCGUCAUCUUCAUGCACAGAACGAGACGCACAUAUCCAAUUUGCCCCCUUAAUAUAUAGUCUCUCCUCCAAAGAUCGUACACCCUAAUUAUUCUCUACAUCAAGAAAUAAUGUCUAAUUCCUUCCCGUUGCGUUGAAAAAUAUAUCUUAAUAAUUAUCGAAAAGCGCACAUACAUCAUAUGAUAAGCUCUGGACUCGGUCUCACAAGAUGGAUAAUGAAAAGACAGCACGACACCUCGCUUCUGACCUACAAAAUGAGGAGGGUCUGGAAAAGGAAUCUGAUCAGACGCCUCGGCGUUCGUCAAUUGUCAGAACUCCUUCGCCCGAGUUCCGAUCGAGCCGGCGAUUGUCCAGUAAUAGAGCAAUUGUCGCAUCGCCAAUCGAAGCAAAAGACGAUCGAAUAUCUAUCCUAGAUCCGCGCCGAUUUACACCCACGCUGCAUGCGUCCCUCGUGGCCGAAAUAUUAUCUCUGCGACGUGACAAUGAAUCCAAAAACGAUUUCAUAUACAAUCUAGAGACUACGCUGCAACAGUCCAAAAUCGAAAAUGAUACUAUGAGUGGCAACCUUGCACAUAAUGCUCAAGAGAAACGAUCACUGCUACGUCAGCUGCAGCUUCUGGAAGGCGGCACGUCGUCUGCAAUGGAGACACUUGUGAAGGAACGGGAUGAGGCAAACGAUAGCAUUACGGAGAUUAAAAAGCGUCUAGACACCUAUCAGAAAAAGAUAAAACACCAGGAAGAAGAUGCAAACAGGACUCAAAAGCUCUGGGAGAAAGACAAGGACCGUUGGGAUGCACAAAGGCGCUUGCUCGAGCAGAGAGUACACAUUGCCGAAGGACGACUAAAGGCGGUGGUCGAAGAAAUAGAUUCUCAACAGCUCCAUGAUCAGUCACCCUAUUUAGGAGACGAACAUGAUGCGGAUGGACAUUCUACAAAGAUGAACCGGGCUAUCGAUCAAGCCCGCAACAGAGAAAGCAUCCGAUCCCUAGAAUCUGCCAAUGAACGGCCAACUAGUUCUGCGAGCAGCAAAUUGGGAGACAAAGUCUAUACGAAUCGCUUUAGUUUAGCGACUGCACUCUAUGCCAAUGAAGGCAGCCAGCUUAGCGGGCUAAGUCUGGCGGAUGAACUUAACUUCUCGGGUGAUGAAGAAGAGGCAACUGGAGAUCUAAUGCCUUCACCCACAAAGAGUCUGAGGGAUUCUCGGCAAUGGUAUACCCAGGAUGAAAGUGCAAUGAGAGCUCUUGCGCUGAGCAAAGAGCCCAUGAGCCCAACGCGUCCUGCUUUUGACACUGGUCAUGACGCCCCACCGACUCCGCCAGCAGAGGGCGAAAGGAGCCGUGGAUCUCAUACAAAUUACAGAGACGCCAGCGUUCAGGUUUCACCGCCGCCUUCUCCCCCUCUUCCCGCAUCUGAAUCAUUUGGAGUUCAAGUUUCCGAUGGAGAUGGGCCAAUACAUAACCAUUUAGACGGCAUCUCUGGGCAAGAAACCGCAAAUGACUCUGCAAAAUACGCGCCUGCAUCCAUGGCAUCUGUUGCGUCACAAACUACAGAGUCGUCUCAAGUGGCAAUGACAUCCUCUCAAACGCAAACGAUCCAAUGGGAAGAACUGCUGCUUGAACGAAUAGAAGAUGCCAAAUCCCAAGUGGAGUCUGUCGCUAUUCAGACCGAGGAAACGGAAACUCUGGCAAAGACCGAUCAGCAAAAGCCGCCACCGACACCUAUAUCCAUCCCAUCGAUUGCUGUGCACCCCCCUCUGUCUUCGCCCACAUCACCCAAGGAGAGCAUAUUGCCACCGCAGUAUAAGAGCUUUGGUUGUCAGGCUGAGAACGCGCCAAUUUCUUCUUCUUACACCUCGUCCUACGCCCAGACAGACAUCAUACGAGUACUGGACGGCCGAAUAAAGCUUCCACCCCAUCUUCUGCCUUCUGCUAUUUCAUCUAUUCCACCGACACCAAGAUCUGAAGAAAGGAACUCCAGAAGCUCGUUCACCCCUGUACCUGGUCACGCACCGGCAGACACCGUCAAAAAGAGCCUCAAACAUUUAUCCAGCAGUACCUUGACGUCCUCUCCUCCUCCCUUACCACGCUAUAGACAUGACAUCUAUCCUGGAAACAAUGACAGUGGUCCACUUGACAAUGACAAUCUGCAUGGUCCAAAACUUCCUUUUCGCUCCAGCAGUUUAUUUGCUGGUUUUGACCCGCCGAGCUCGGAUGAAGUUUUUGACUUCUCCGAUAUUGAGUCCAGCGACGACGAAUUCGCAACUGCCCUCUCACCUCCGAUGCAUUAUUCGAGAGCUAAUCGUCCCAGUUUGAAUGUGCUGAAAAAAGGAACAGGGAGCCACAACGAAAAAGGGUCGCCCGAUACCCUACCCUCUUUCAUCAAGGCGGAUAUAUCGGCAGUACAUCGGGGGCCCCUCGAUGAAAAAUCGCACAAUUCAGGGGCAACCGAUUCUCUGCAGAACUCGGGGCUGACGGCGCGGCCGAAGAUUCCUAGGCGAUCGAGGAUUGCAUCCAGCAGGAUGUUCUUGCGUUCACCAAAGGACGCCAGAGCCGAGGGCAGUACAAGAAGCGGUGAUAAUGUUGGCCUUCAGAGUGCCAAGGAACAUGCUCCUCCGAUCCCGGUCCCUGUAAGAUCGAGUUCUAGAAAAACUUCCAGUCUCAGCGAUCGCUCGAGUCCGACGCCACGCCAUGACCAUCACUUUCUUGCUUCCCUGCAGAAUAAUGAUGGGGAGACAACCGGAUUGACCAGAAAUAAUUUGAGGAAAAUGAGGUUGGUGGCAGCUAUACAGGAGACAGAACAAGAAAAGCAACCUUUCGGCUUAUCUGCUCCGGCAUUUUCGUCUCCUUCCGCGGCUUCAGACAGCCUUGAUCUGCCACCAUUGCCAAACGAUGAGGUCACUUAUCCUGGCAAAGCAAGCAAAGGCACGCAUCGGCCUUUGCAUCGGCGACAACCAUCGAAUCACACUUUGACCACUGCUCAAAGCUCUGUGCCAAGUUCUAACCAGCAAACGGGCGUGGUUGACGCCAUUGCACAAACCAUGGUGGGUGAAUGGAUGUGGAAAUACGUUCGGAGAAGAAAGUCCUUUGGCGUUGCAGACACAUCUUCCGCGGGGGCUGAUGGGCGAGGUGGUGAUGCGCACAAUGGGGUGAGACAUAAGCGUUGGGUGUGGCUGGCGCCGUAUGAGCGCUCCGUGAUGUGGAGCAGCAAACAACCAGUGUCUGGCGCAGCCCUGAUGGGAAAGAGUGGUCGAAAAUUGGUCAUUCAAUCAGUUCUCGACGUCAAGGACGACUCCCCCGCUCCCAAGGAUGCUGGAACGGAUCACUUGUUCAAUCGCUCGAUUCUCAUCCUCACACCUGCCCGCGCAUUGAAAUUUACGGCCGUGUCAAAGGAACGUCAUUACGUCUGGCUCACGGCGCUGUCGUUUCUCAGCCAUGCAAGCCAAACUGGCAACGAGAUUGCGCGUAUUCCACCGCCGCCAAUUCCCAAGCAAGAAAUCCCUGUCCCUCAAAAGCCCCCAGCGGCCACACUUCGUCGUAAUCCAAUCCGCGACUCCAUCCGAAUCGCAAAAAGCAAAGCCCGGCCAGCGCUCCCGGCGGCUGCACGCAACCGAGCCCCGCACCCAAUGCCGAUCCAGGAGUCAGAAGCAGAGACGACGACUGCCGUGAAUGAGCCUUCUCUGGAUGCUGCAUCUCCCCCUGCAGUGCCACGGGUCUCAAAGCACGGUAGGAAGCGGAGCACCACCGGACCGCGUUUACCUCCUCCUCCUUCGGCACCGUUCCGCAGCUUCUCAUAUAAUCCAAGCAUCACCUCGGCCCAAAGCAUCAGGACCACAACGUCCUCUUCGGAAGUGCAAAGAGCGCCCUCCUUUGCCACGAGCGGGCCGAGUCUUUACGGCGAAAAGGUUUCCGAGGGAGGCGAUGUAGCCGGGAGAAACUUUUUCGAAGCAAUAGGAACCGUGCGAAUGGAAGCAUUUGUCGAAAGCACAACGGGAGAACCUCCGCGUGGCGGCGGUACACAGGACGACAUGGUCUCAGCUAGUUUCCGCCGCGGCCACCUACGAAGAACAAGGGAGGGCCUGGGAUACGCAGAUUUUCAGCUUCCUGACCUUCAUCGAGAUAGUGGUCUACCAGAUCCUUUUCAGGAAUUCUAAAAAUCUCAUGACUAGCAGGCUCAAUCAAUCAAUCGAUGUGGAGAGUGACGAGGCUCUAUACCCACCACAGAGCUAACAAUUGGUUUUUGGCGUAAAUGAAGAUACAAUUUUCGCAUUUCAUUCCUGUGGAUGAUAAUUUGCCUUGUACCCGUUUGAAUUUUAGGUACCGUAUAUAUUCCGUCUUGGUAAACCAUCACUUUUCAUCACAAUACACUCCACCCCACCAGCUGCUAGCACCGUCCCCUAUACUUAUCAAUCUCGCCCUUUCUUUUUUCGCAUAGACUUGUACCAUAUUAUCUCGCACUACCUACCUUCACACCGUAUCGAUUUCAUUCCGGUCCUCU